CGCAUCUCGAGAGGCCACUGAAUCAUUUCUCUUGCUGUAAAUACCUCACUUUCUAUCUCCUUAACGGCUCGCCGUCAUUUUUCAAAUCACCGAUUAGUUCACCUCCUCCGUCCUACCGCCGUUUUUACUCCGGUGAUGCUCGGCGACGUACUUUGUGAACCCACGAAGCAUUUGUUUCUCGGUUCUUCGUUAUCUACCGGCCACUACGGUUCGGUAGCGCAUCGCCGUCAUGCUUCUGAUAGCAGUUUUCCGAUCAAACUAGUAGUUCCAACCACCGAUUGUGUCGACCGUCGUUCUAUAGUUAACGGAUUAAAUUUCUCUGAUUCCGGCGUAUCCGCUUCUAUAUGGCAUGCUAUCCUUCCUGCCGGAAAUGAUCGAGGAAGGCACAAUCCGAGCCCCGUCGGCGAAGGUUCAUGGAACGUCGCCUGGGAUGUCCGCCCCGCACGGUGGCUUCAUCGACCUCAUACGGCGUGGCUGCUUUUCGGCAUUUGCGCUUACCUCGCGGCACCACCGGUGGAAUUUACGGAAUCCGUUUCUGAGGCUGUGGAUGCGGAUGACGACGACAUUAAUGGAAUUUGUACCACAGGUGUCCUAGAAAACUCCGUCAAUUACAGAGUCACAGGGGUUCCAGCAGACGGAAGAUGCCUAUUUCGUGCAAUAGCUCAUAUGGUUUGCUUGAAAAACGGGGAAGAAGCUCCGGAUGAGAAUCGUCAAAAACUACUUGCUGAUGAAUUAAGAAUUCAAGUUGUUAAUGAGCUCAUCAAGAGGCAAAAAGAGAUUGAAUGGUUUAUCGAGGAAGACUUCGAUGCAUAUGUGAAGAGGAUCCAGAAACCAUUUGUAUGGGGUGGAGAGCCUGAAUUGUUGAUGGCUUCUCAUGUUCUUAAGACUAUAAUUUCGGUGUACAUGUUGGAGAGGGGGUUUUGUUUCAUGGCUAUGGUCAUUAUGACAUAUUGGAAGACAUAUGAUUUUGGCAAGAUCUUUAAUUUAAGUCACCGGUGAUAGCCAAUGUAAAUGAUGUGCCUAUUGACAUCAACAUGUGCCUAUUGACAUCAACAAGGAAUGAGGUUCUCAAAGUUAUAUUUAGUUAUUGAACUUUUUUUUGGCAUUUAUGUUUUAGUCAUUAAAUGUUAUUUAAGUUACCAUUA